AUGUCUCGACGAAAACGCAUUAAUGCUAUUGUAGCUAUUUCUGCUUCUGGUGUUGUUGCUUAUUAUCUCACUGAUAAAAAGAUAGAUCAAAUUGUUUUUUAUAACUGUAUUCGAGCUGAGUUAAUUCGAAACUUACAGCAGUUUGAUGGAGCAAAUUCCAACUCAUUAGUAGUAAUGGACAAUUUAUCUGUUCAUCACUGUCAACCAAUAACGACACUGCUACAAGAUAUGGGCAUAGUGGUUCAAUUCCUUCCUCCCUAUAGCCCAGACUUGAACCAAAUUGAAGAGGCAUUCAGCUGUAUUAAGCAAUACCUUAGGCUACAUAAAGAUGUGAUGCAAGUAACUAAUGAUCCAGUACCUAUAAUAGAAUCUGCAAGUGAAAGUAUAACAAGCAGAAUGUGUCAGCAAUGGAUUAAUCAUUUUGGUUAUGGUAAUGAAUAG